AUGUUGGAUCUCGACUUUCAAGGGGCUCAACAAUUUCCAAACAACUUUUUCGAACCAACCAACCCUCGCCACCGAAUUUCUAGCAAAGCUAUUUCAAAUAAACGAUAUAAUAACAAUACUUUUAUAGAUUCUAGAGAAGGAAUUCUCAAAGAAUUCGACCAUCAAGCUGGACCAGCUCAACCAACUCCUCUUGGUGUCGAGGUGGGGGGCGCGUGGUCUUGCUGCCUGCCGUGCGCCAGUGGCGGCGGGGGUGGGGGUGGUGCAGCUGUCUCGGGGGCCACCCCCGAGGCUAAGAAGGGCUCCAUCGGCCACAAGUGCCAGCAACAGCAGCAUCAGCAUCAUCAUCAGCAGCAGCAGCAGCAGAGCCAGCAUCUGCUGCAGCAUCAUCAUCAGCAACAGCAGCAGCAGAAGCAACAGGAGAAGGAGAAGCAUCAACAGCAACAGUACCAGCAACAGCAGCAGCAACAGAAUAGGGGGUCCGGGUUGAGGGAGGGCGAGUUGGCUCCUCUGAGCAAUCUCGACGAGGAUCUGGACGAUCUUGAGGACGAAAAGGGGAUCGAGCAGAGGGGGGAGGAGGAGGAGUACGCCAAGGAAGGUGGGACCCAGCAUAGGUUGAGCCCCAGGCUGCACGAUAUCGAGGAGGAGGACGAUGAAGACGGCCGUAACACCAAGGAAAGGCCGUACCAGAAGAAAUCGCCAACCCCGAGCGGCGGUGGAGGCAGCAGAACGGGUUGGCGAUCGCGCAGAAGCAUCACCACGGCGGGUGCACCGGCUCACCAGCACCACGUGAUCGCCAGUGCCGCUGCAACUGCACAGGCCAAGAUGCAGGCCGAACAGGGGAGCAUCGGCGAGCUUCGGGGCUACCACAACCUCAGAUCAAGGAGACACACUUUGGCCAAUGUUCGGUGAGUACCUCGUUUC